AUGGCAUCUGUGGAAGCAGGCGCAACCUUGGCUGACACCGUUGACAAAGUGGAGAUGGACAACGUCGUAAGAAGACCGCCGCCGGAGGAACAAAGGCUGAGUCAGAUGGACGACGCUGAGCUGGUGGCCAUGCGUCGACUGACCACCUCCAGCAACAGUUGCCUGAUCAGCACCGGUCCUCAAACAAAGCCGGCCAAGCCGUUGGACCGACUGGACCGCAGCUUCAGGGUUGUCAGUCUUUCGGGCCUUAGCGAGUACGCCAGAUCAAAUACGGCUUACGGCAAGGCAUUCUGGAUAUCGUUGAUAGUGCUGGCGGUGCUGGCAACGAUUUUCGGCGCUUACAAACUGGUGGUGAAUUUCUACAACUGUCCGAUUGUGACCGAAUACAAAGUGACCGUAACGGACAAGAUGGAUUUCCCAAAGGUCCAGGUGUGUCUGCCGGUGUCAUUCCACCGUAAGCACUUGGAAGAACGCCCGUGGUUGGUCGAAGUCGUGUCGGUGAUGCGGCAGAGCGUUGUUAUGACUCAGACUCAGACUCAGAAACUGCGUGGUUCCGACGUUGGUGAAAGGAAGCAGCGAUUUCCUGGGCAAGGCCUGCUUUUGCUCCUUAAUGCACAACUCGAAAACUAUCCUACUGAAAAGAAGGUGAGGCCCAAGACUGAAGGCGUUCUAAUUAUGAUCGAUAAUGAUUAUAACUUGUACAACUUUGAUUUCCUCAAUAUCCAACCAUCCUUGUACACCCGUCUAUCGCUGUCCAAGGAACAUCACCAGUACCUGAAUGUUCCAUCAGGCCCAAAGGUCCAGCCAUGCAUGGAGGAAGCUGACGUAGAUCUCAAAGUCCUGAACCAUUCUUAUUCGGUCACAGCUUGUCGCACGGACUGCUUCUUGCAUGCUAUCGUGAAGCACUGUGAUUGUGUGUUGGCGCAAGACCCACGAUUUCUAAAAAAGGAAGUGUUGGCUAGCACACGCUUCUGUACAAGCAAGGACGUGGAAGGUUGCAUUCGGCCUAAAGUGACAGACUCAGAUGACAACCAAGAUCUGCAGCAGUGCACCGAGCGCUGUCACCUCCCUUGUGACCGCUGGAAAUUCAUCGUGCAAGCAACCAGCAUGAAGUUGCAUAGACCCAGCUUUGAUUUCCUCCACAAAGUAAACGUUAGUUUCGAAAGCCUGGUCUACCUUCAGAUCGCGUACAGUGACCUCACCUACACAUCCGUGUCCCAAGAAUGGGCAAUGGAGGUCGACAAUUUCAUAGCUGAUCUGGGAGGGGAAAUCGGUCUGUGGACCGGUGCCAGCAUGAUUACUUUUAUCCACAUUCCCGUGAUGUUGCUGGCGCUCGGCAUAGCAUACCUCAGCGACCGAAUGAGCGGAUUCCGUAAACUGAGCAAGGUACUCAAUCAAAAGUCCACGUUAUGGACCACGGUGCUGAGCGUCCGAAAAUAA